ACCAAUACAUUGCCGAGCGUCAUAGCGCAAGCAUAUUAAAAAAAAAUAACUAAGAAUAUCAGUUUUCUUAAAUUUGUGUAAGUGGUUGCAUACUUUCGAGGCUCCCUUAACUUGCAGGAUCUUAACUUCAGGAUGAAGGUCUUAAUAAUAUGCAUGGCCUUUGCGGCUAUGACACGGGCGAUGCCAGUCGCCGAGGAAAAACCUGUAGAACCUGUGGCACCUGUAGCACCUGUUGCGUCUGAAUCGGUUCAGGCGCCAAAACCUGACGAAGUGCAACCUCAAAUCAAAGCUGAUACUACAGUUCUCGAAGAGAGUAAGCCUGAACAAGUAAUUGAAAACAAAGAAGUUGUAAAACCGCAAGAACCGGAACUCAAAAGCGUACCUGUAGAAUCAAAGCCCGAAGAGGCCAAACCAGAAGCGGCUGUAGCUAUUGUCACUCCCGAGGUUAAGAGUGAAGUUCCUGAACCUAAGUUAGCAGCUCCAGUGGAGGCUGAAUCUGAGGUUAAACCGGAAAACAAUCAAUCAGAGGCAAAACCUGAAGAAAAAAAGGAAGAGCCUGAAGAAAAAAAGGAAAAGCCUGAGGAAAAAAAGGAAAAGCCUGAAGAAAAAAAGGAAGAGCCUGAACAAAAGUCAGCUGUUGAGGAACCUAAACAGGUCUCCGAUGCUAAAGUAGUAGAAGUCAAAGAAGCGCCAUAUGUAAUAAACUCUAAAACUGAAACAAUUGAUGUUGUAGCAGCUAUUAAAUCUCCAGCCGCCGUCGCUGAUGAUGUUGUUGAUGUUGCUGCCCUUUCCCCAGCUGAGAAGGCAGAGGUGCCUGUUGUGACAACAAAGAGUGCUGAACCAGUUGCAGAAGACAAGAAAGAAGAAAGUUCUUCAGUACCCGCAGCUAAAACAAGUUUAACAGAAGAAAACAAACCCAUUGAACCUAAAACAGAGGAGAAAGCCGUAUCCGCUGAUGUACCAGCCCCUGAUGCCAAAGUUGAACCUGCCGUGGCUAAAUCUGCUGACGUAAGCGCACCUUCUGUUGAUGACCCUCUAAGAGUAGUUCGCGAUACUGUCGACGACAAACAGGCUCCAGAACCUGUAGUAGUUGCUAAGUCUGCAACGGAAAUUCAAGCCCCAAAAGAAAGCGAAAUCGAAAAGAAGCCGGAAAUUAAGGCCUCAAAACCCGAAGAACCGUCUGUAAUGAGCGAACCAGUAAAAGAAACUCCCGUCGCUCAGCCUCUGCCGGCGGAAGCACCAAAGAUAAGCGAAGUUGAAGCAAAACCGACACAGAACGAAGAGAAACCCAUGGGUGAUGCGUCAUCGAGCAGCUCAGAAGAGAGCGCUGAAAGCAACGAAAAGAAAAGCGACAGUGUAGAGAAAGAUUCGUCGGAGGUUACCGACAAAAAGGGAAGCAAAGCUUCCAAAUCUUAAAUUAGUGGUGAAAGAGCAUUUGGCGGUAGGCGUGUGUCGACAUAGUGCCUCGACACGCGCGUUCCGCCCGCGGCGCCUCGCUGUGUAGUGUUUUGUGAUCCAUUCCUCAGAUGUGCGAAUGGCGACCGCUAACGGGCGUUCGCGUGAAUACCCUUCGACUAGAUUUAGAGACUUACUUAUUUAAAAACAGCGAAGCCGAAAAAUUACCUAUGUUGUAAUUACAAUUACACGAAAUAAAUUAUCGAAUUUCAGGUAAUGUAAGAAAUAAAUGUUUUUUAUAAUAAUGUGUAUUUUCUUAUUUUUUUAUUCACCGAGAGCUUCUUAAACGCCUACGCCUUUGUACAUAAUCCGAACGUGAGCCUGUCCCUUAUUACGGCAGGUUUACGGUAAUUGGCAGGGUGAGCAGACGAAUUUUGACUUUACCGUAUUGUAGAAGACUCGCACAAUAGACCUUGACUCUCGUCAUCGGUCUGUGUAUUUUAAUGCAUAUUUUUAAUAAUUCGUAUUUUUAACAAUCAAAUUGCUGGCGAUUUCUAUAGAUCUUUUUAAAAACCAUAAGUAUGACGUGUUUAUAAAGCAAUAGGUUAUAUUUAUAAAUGACGUUAAAGUUUCUAUGAUCCUAAAUGUUAACGUGCUUAUAAGCUCUUUAGUCAAUACAAUAUUAAGUAAAUUUUUGACAGCUACACUUGGCAUACAGAUAUGCAACAAAAUCGAUUAACCUCAAACCGCCAAAGCGGUAUUGCAUUAAAUGCCAAAGCAGUGUUCAUAAUGAUCACUGGAAUGUAUGUAAAUUGUGAAAUCGCAAUUUAAAACACAGAAACCUCUGAUUUCAAGUAAACCGGAACCACGCAUCAGGGCAUGCGGCAUAACCCCUUUUUUAAUAGUAUAAGAUGACAAAAUAGCACACAGUCCACCUGAUGGUACGUGGAUGCUGUGACCCAUAGAUAUCUAAAUCUACCCUCGAUCAAGAGUCAAAAUGCAGAUGGGUUGUCAUUCCCAAGGACUAAGAUGGAAUGCCUCGUUUCCGGUUCUCUACACACAUUAAACACAGCUACUACUUCACGCUAGUAUUCCUUCCCCGGUCGAGCUAUUCAUACUACAACCAUAAUAUAGAUGUAGCGUGGCUCUACCACGUAUGAUCUUCCAAAUCCUCUCAGAAACAAUAGGAGGCACGUUACCCGUAGUAUCUAUUUAUUUAUUUAUAAGACCAACAGCGUAACAUAAGAUUUUACAGAAUGCCAAUGAAAGAUUUCUAUUUUUAAAUAAUAAACAUUGUAUUAAUGCAGCAGUGUCUCGUUUAUAAAUUGUUAAUUUACUAAUAUUUUACUUUUAACAUUUAACAAGACUUGAUGUUUUUAAAAUCGAUAAAAGAAAAAAGCUAAAUGUCUUUAAAAUUUAAUUAUUUCAAUUAACAACAUUUUAUUAAUUAAAAACGAAGAUUAAAUAUUCUAUUUGCACGCUUAUGUUCUGUUAUAGUUAAGGUCUAGAAUAUUUUAUAACUUUCUUACUGCGUAAAGGCCAAGUCACGGAAUAUUCUUAGACGUUUAGAUAUAGGGACUGUAAUCUGAGAAUAAAAAAGUUUGUAAAAGGAGACUAUACUAAUGUUAGGUAUUAUUAAAUAGUGCAAGAGAGUAAAACGAUAUAUGGACUGCAAGAAAUUUUAAGAAUAGGUUUCAACGAUCUAUCGCUGUUUCCCCAACGACUAACCAAGACAACUGCAGCUCGAACUGAUUAUAAAUAUGUGUUCCGCUAUACACUGCGAGCACUGCUCAGUGCUCUCACUAGUGAAAAAUUCGUUCCGUUAUGGACUGCCAGUAUACUGCCGCAGUACCCUAGGGAAAUAUAUGACGUCAUAAAUCACCGCCAUUCUUGUACUAUGAGCACUGGCGCUUUCGAGGUAAUGUGCUCCCAGUACUUUAAUCACAUAAUCAAUACAUAACAGCGCCUAGAGAUUUAACAGCUUCCACUAAUGACUGUUAUUAUUAUUAAUUAAAACUCUUUAAAAAAGUUUUAAAAGCAACAACAUUCAAGUAAUAGUUUUUCUUGUUGAACAGAAAACGUGUACAUGAUAAAUAUUUUCAUUUGAAAACAGUGUAUUAAUGGGGAUGACAGUAUACUGGUCCACGUUCCGUUUUAAACAGUAACCAGUAUAGCAAACUAUAUAUGUAUUAGCAAACUUUAUAAAAAGGGACGGCUUCACAGCAUACUGAAUUGACGUCACACCUUACAGUGGUCACAGUGUAUAUAGGAACACAGCCUAUACCUUAGGAUUACACUUAAUAAAAAUCAUCACCCGUAUUGCCCUGCUUCAUCACCAAAACCGGACCGAUUUUUACUCAAGUACAAUAUAGGAAAGAUUAUUAUGAAUCUUUUAAAAUUACUAAAUCUGUCCAGUUACACCUCCUCUGUUUGACAGAUUCCUGC